CCAAUAAAACAUAUAAAUUUUCUCUCUCCCUCUCUCUAAAAAUCCAGUCUUUCUCUCUGAAAAACAAGAAGAAAGAAGAAGAAGAAAAAGAAUGCCAUGUCCGCCAAACAGCAUCAGCUACAACGGCAGCCAGUGCGCCUGCGCAGUUGGGUACAUUCUAAACCAGACCGCCGCCAGCUGCGUCCUGUUUGCCGCCAGUUCCACCAUCUCCACCGACGGCGGCGUCGACAGCUACGCCAUAAGAUUCGCGGAGACCAUCUUCUCCUUUGACUCCAUCAAAAAGUUCACGCAAUCCCAAGCCGUCUUCUUGGAGGCCACGCUUGUGCUCCUGCUCUCUUGGCUCUGCUUCUGCUUCUUCCUCAGGUUUAUGAAGCUCGACAACGAUGGUCGGAGCAUUUGGUUCCGGCUCCGCUGGUGGAUCAGCAGAUUGGAUGUUUGCUUUGCCACUAGUCAUUGGCUGGAUGAUCAGAAAGUAGUUAAGAAACGGAAAACGGAACUUGGUGGAAUGUUCUCAAUAGCAAGUUGGAUUCUCUUCAUUGGUUUGUUUGCUGCGUUGCUCUACAAAACCAUAUCAAAAAGAAGUAUCGAGGUGCAUAACGUUAGAGCAACAAAUGCACCUGAUCUGGCCGCCUUCAAGACUGACAUGGAAUUUAACAUAACCACGGUUUCUAGUAUGAGCUGUUCAAACUUACGUGGUCUUGGUACUUUAGUUACUGGAAAUCCUGGCUUCAUUGACUACAGAGUGGCUCCUCUGUCAACAUUUGGGAACUACUCGUGUCAGAAUACGAGUAUAGGACCAACUAUAAAUCUUAGGUGCAGCAAUUGUCAACCAAUUCAAGACAAUUUGUACAUUUCAUGGCAGUUUGUCGAUCUUCCUAAUAAUCCUGCUGCUGCUGCUGGAUUUCAGUUCACUCUCAGUACAAGGAGUCAUGCUAACAAAAAACAUGUUAGUUUUGUUAGCGGAACCCUAAAGAAUGGGAGUAGUUUGGAUGAUACACCAGUUACAUUCAGAGGAACUACUACAAAUAUAUUAAAAUUCAGUUUAUUUCCCCGGAUAUACCAUAAUCAUCAUGAUCUAAGGCUCAUCCAACCUCUGUUUCAUGAGUUUGUUCCGGGUUCAUUUUUCAGUGAUGCAAGUCAGCUCCGAGCGUCCCUUGAAAAUUCCAAGGAUGGAAUGCUCAACAGUACAUUGUAUGUCAACUUUCUCUCUGCCUAUAUCGUGGAGAUAGAUAACCAAAACAUUCUGGGUCCUCUGAGGUUCCUUGCGGAUCUUGGUGGCCUGUAUUGCAUCUGCAUUGGCAUUUUUUUGUGCCUUCUGGUGCAAUGUGAGUUCAGGAUAAAAAAACUCCGCAAUGAAGAUAUCGUGUUGCGGAGGAUCAGAAAUCGGCGAAAAGCUCAAGACCACUGGGAUAAAUUGAGGAAAUAUGUGAUGUAUACAUGGGGCUGCAAGGCAUUGGAUGAUUAUUACGAGAACAUAAACAAGGGAUCAGGUUGCGUUAGUUUUGGUACACAGUCAUUUCAUCGAAAUGGAUCAUCACAUAAGCAAAGGCAACAAGAAACGGCGAUUAGUUUUAACAGGAAGCUCAGCUUGCCUAAGAAGAAGACUCUGGUUCAAGAGUGCUCUGACACUGUUGGGAGUAUGAAAUCAUUUACACCGGGAACCACACCGAACCCAGAAGAAAGUUCAUCGCAUUCAGCAGUCAGACCUCAUAUGCAAAUGGAAUCGCUUGGCUCUACAGAGGAUGGAAAACAGCAAUUUGUUCGUGCGUCUAAAGAAGAUUCCUCCCCGCCUAAAGCCUUAACUCCGACAAUCGAUGAUAUCAUUCCUCCACCACCGUCACUAGAACUGAAGGAUGCUUCUGAAAUGGAUAUGUCUGAUGUACAAAAGAGUCUUAGAAGUUUGCACGAGUACAACGUUAUGUUGAGGGAAAAAUUAGUAGCUGCGCAGUCUUUGUUCCAUUCUUCAGCUACAAAAUCCUCAUCUUCUGUAACAGAAACCCAAACGUAGCUUGCAUGCGUGAGUGUAAACUGUACUCUCCGAUUACGCAUCAUAUAUUUGGCACGAGUGACCAUGCAAGUACAGAGCGACUGUAAAACCAUCAUCGUGCAGAAAACGUUAAGCAGCAGAGUUGAGUGAAAAGGUAAACUCGUCAUGCCUAUAUACUUUAA